UGGUGGAGUGAGAAGAGUUCUUGUCAGUUGGAAGCAAAUGGACAGUUGAGAGGCAAAAGAGAGAGAGGGAGGAGAGCAGAGUCCUUGAACAGAAAAGAGGUCCAGCUUCCAACCUGAAGUUGAUUUUCCCAGCCUGAUGCAUCAUACAUUAUGGUUCAUGUUAACUUGCUUAAAAAAGUGAUGUACAUCCUCCUGGCUCUUCUUCUGUUUCUUACUAUUUGUUUGUGGAAGGAAACACGGAAAGGAUAUUAUGUUUCUCUAAAAACAAACAGUCAAACAGAUCAAAUAAAAGUGAAAAUAUGGAAAUGGGAUACCCUAAAACUAGGAACUCUCCAGGAUACAAAUAUGGACCCUUUGCCCACUACAAAUGCAGCCCUUUUGCUCACCAAAGCAUCCCAAGUUAAAGCAAAACAAAAUAUCUCUACAAUACCAGCUGAAAAUAACUUAAUGACAACACUCAAGAAAUUACCAAGUCCUUUAAAAGUGUGGAACAGGAACAGUUCCUCCAAAAAUCUUCCCCCUAGAUUGCAAAAAGUGAGGAAAACCUACCUGUCUAUGAACAAGUAUCAUGUGAAUUAUAGUGGACCGAAGAAUGCUUCCCAACUCCUCCCUGAGGAAGUGAUGUGUCAGCUCCAGAAACGGCUGGACUUUCGGAUGAUCAGUGCAUCAGAUGGUCCUUUCAAUACAUCUGAGUGGGAGGCAUACCUGCCCAGAAGAAACAUCAGUGCGGAGAUGGGCCAGUUGAGUCGAUGUGCAGUCGUGUCUUCAGCAGGGUCCCUGAAGUCAUCCCACUUGGGGCCAGAAAUAGACAGCCAUGAUGCAGUGUUGCGGUUUAAUGGGGCCCCUACCAGAGGUUUUCAGUCUGAUGUAGGGGAGAAGACAACAAUACGCCUCAUGAAUUCCCAGCUUAUUACUGUUGAUGAAGAAAGAUUUGUUUCAGACCCACAGUUUAACCUUGGAACCUUAAUUGUGUGGGACCCAGCACCAUAUCAUGCAAGUAUUGAUGAGUACAAUAAUGAACUGGAUGAGGGUGAACAAAUUAAGACUCAGUUCAUAGAAGAUGGAAGUACGGUGCAAGAUGGAAGAACAGGCUGCUCUUUCUGCUGGUGGUACCGAAAACCAGACUACAAUUUCUUUAGGAGCUACAAGCGCUAUCGAAAUAUGCAUCAUGAACAACCUUUUUAUAUUAUGAAUCCCCACUUGCAGUGGCAACUUUGGGAUAUCCUUCAGGAGAAUGCAGCAGAGGAUAUUCAGCCAAAUCCACCCUCUUCAGGAAUGCUUGGCAUUGUAAUCAUGUUGAAUUUAUGUGACGAAGUGGAUGUUUACGAAUUCCUGCCUUCCAAAAGGCAAACAGACGUUUGUCAUUAUUAUCAGAAGUUCUUUGACCAAGCCUGCACUAUGGGCGCCUACCACCCACUGCUCUUUGAGAAAAAUAUGGUGAAGCACCUUAAUCGAGGUUCUGAUGAAGCUAUUUACACUCACGGGAAAGUGACUCUAACCGGCUUAAGGAAUGUACAAUGUUAGAAGGCUGGAUCCCUCCUGCUUGGCUUGGAAGCCCUUCUUGAAUUGCAAGGCACUUUUAUUUUAUUUUUUUGUACAAGGCACUGUCAGUGGUCAGGCCUACAGAACAGUGGGUUGUUCAAUUAACAACUCUUAUAACUCUUAAAUCGUGACUUCAGGAUGAAGUGUACUAUAUCAGAGUUAUGUGAUAUGAAGAUGUGAUCUCUGCAGUCAGGAGAUGCAGGUAUCUACAUGAUUGCCGCCACAGAGCAUAGAAUAUGGCUCACAUUGCAGAAUCUGUUCCUAAGAAAUCCACAGAAUCUCAGCUUAUUUUUGAAAUAAGAGUAAGUUUCUAGCCCUCAUGACUGCAUAAAAAACUGAAAAUAUGUGGACCAUUUCUGCUAAAAUUAGAUGGGAUAUAAUUGAGGCUUCCAGUGUUCAGGAAUUGCUUCAUUUAGCAUUUUUUAAAACACCUCCAUAGAAGUAUAUUCAAGAGGUUGUAUACUCAAGGAACUGUUCCAGAAAUGCCAACAGGGCUGUGCUUCUUCAUGAUUCCGCAGUUAAAUUUGGUAAUGGACAGAGAAUUCAACAUCCCAAAUUGCAUGUCAUGCUAAAAGUGUAAUUUGGUCCUUUAGUGCUUGGAAUGUUUUUAUUGUUGUUAAGUAUCAGAUGUAGAGACCCAUUGAUCUGGAUCAGGAUCAUAGCAGAGAUAAAGGGCUAAACUUUCCAUUCCUACCAUGGUUCCAAUCCAGAAUGCCCCACAUGUGACCGAUAUUUAACAAAAAGUAACCAACCAACCAAAGGCCAAACUAUGCAUUUAAUGUAAUAUGGAGUUUGGCCCUCCAUUUCCUCCCCACCCCCUGCUUUUGCCAAAAGAAGAUUCUAGUUCUUAAGGAGGAAAAAUGCAAGAACAGAUGAAUCUGGAAGAUACUGGCCCAAUUCAGAACAUCCCAUGAAACCUCAGGUAAACAUAGCUGAGGUAGAUGUUUCUGAAUGAAUGUGUGAAGCUGUAGUUUCAUCACACAACUGAGACUCUGUUUCCCCCUCCAAACCUGAAUUUGAACUCUCAGUUUGUAGUGAGUUUCGCUGCUGAAACCUGAGUUCAUCAAACACCAUUGUGUUGUCUGAAUUCUGCAGCCACUGUCACUUGGGUAUGGUGAGGAAGCUCCUCCCAGUACCAUAAAGACAUCAGCUCAGAGCAGCUCAGAAACGUAUCUGAUCUAGGGCAGCCGCCUCUCUCGCUCCACUUCUGCCAUCACCUCACUCCUCCUGCCGCUGCUUGGCAGCAGAAACACUGCAUCCCAGGAGUUCUUGCAUUUAAAGGGACAGAGCCAGAUCAAGAUAAGCCUACUUUCCCCUGUUUGCUUUGGACUUAAUUUGUUCCUAAGCAAGAAAAGACUGGGAGGAAAAGCUGUAGAAAAAAAGGAGAGAGUUUUCGAAGAUCAUUUCAGCAGUGGCGGAUGGUGAGGGCGGCAGAAGGGGGCAGCAAGAGGUAUCUUUAAAGCUCCUUACUGGCUAUACCACCAGCACCUGCAAGCCACAGGGAGCAUCAGUGCACCGCCCGGCAUCCUGAGCAGUGGCUGUCCUGCCUACAGCACUCACCUGGUCUGUGCACAUGCACAGUGGUCAUUUGCAUGGUCAGCAUGCUGACCACUGUUGUUUAGAGUAGGUGGCAGGCUGUGCACACGCACUUUCUUUUUCCUCCCCCCACCUGCAUCUGCACACACUUUCUCCCUUGACCCUGUCCCCUGAGCGGCUGCCUCUUGGAGUAGGCAAAUGCAGAAAUCCAGGCUGGGCCCAGGACUCGUAGGAACUCUGGGUACUCUCUCCUCCUGGAGGAGGGUGCUGAAGGUUCCCCUGAGUCCCAAACCGGCCUGCACUACACACCUCCGAGUGGCAACUGCGCUACCGCAGCUGAAUACUGGGCCUAGUGGGGGGUGGUUGGGGUGGGCAGGAGAGUGCAUGUGUGGGUUCUGGGAGAUCCCCUGGACCCUAUCCCCUGAGCUGAUGCCACUCGGGGGGGGAGGGGAUGUAUGGGCCAGGCCAGGAUUCGGAGGAACUCUCAGCACCAGGCUGAGAGGCUGCCUGUAGAGGCAAUGGUGGCGAGGAGGGCAAGUGAACACUCCAACAUCUGCCCCGUCACCCACCCUUCUGCCUGUGGCCAGGAGGAUGCCUGGGCAGAUGAUGAGGGUGCAGGGAGAUGGGCAUCUGGGCAGGCAAUGGGGGCAGGUGAGAGGCACUCAGGCAGGCUUCACCUGGUGUGUCCCUGAACCUUGAGCUGGCCCUGAAGAGGAGACAUCUCUGCCCAACCAUCUGCGGCUGCAUGUGGACUCUUCCCCACAAUCAUUUCCCCAUGAGGCCCCACUCAUGCCAAUUUACCCAUCACCCCCAGCCCCAUGCACCAAAAGGUACAGCCCUGCAGGAUAGUAUCCAGCUGCUGUACUCUGAAGACAUUUCCAGUAUAUCCAGGGCUAACCUGCCCAUUAAAGGGAGCUAAGCACCAGCUUACAGUGCAAAGCUUGCAGGGGCAGCAACAGUCUGGGUCAAAUGGGUCCCAGGAUUGCCUCGCUGCAGCCCCCUGCCUGCCUGGCCACAGCCCUCCUCGCCACCACCUCCACCUGCCGCUUCCAUAGUGAGGAGGGCGGAUGAGUGGGCGAGUGUUCCCCAACGUCCGCCCACCCUCCUCGCUGCUGGAUAGUGGUAGGUAGAGGUGGCAGCAAGUAGCCUGCCCAGCACCAACCCUCCUGCUUGCUGCCUGCUGUGGCCAGGAGGGUGCUCAGUGGUUGAGGGGGCAGUGUGUGUGUGUGGGGGGGGGGAUGCCUGGGCAGGCAAUGGGUGUAUGCAGGCGGCACCCAGGUGGACUUGCUUAGAAUGCUCAGGAGGGGAGAUUUCUUUAUUUGCCCAGCUACAAUGGAGGUGUAUAAGUAAGGGAGCACUGCUAAUUAAUAUUAUCUGGAGACAUGGAGUUAAAGUUCCAAAUAAAGUAGCUCAUUUUGGAAAUCCAUCCAGCAGAUAGAUAAGACCUGUCACACCUCAUUGAUAGAUAAAGGAAGAGGGGGAAGGGAGAAGGAGGAAGUCAGUCUCUCCAGGUGAGAGAAUGAAACCGAAGAUUAUCAGUCUAACAAAGUGGAAUCAGAGCAUUGUCAGAGGGGGAAUACCCCUAUUGGCUAUCUCUACCCCAAUGCCCCUAGAGUUCAAUGGAGUUGCUGGUGCUAAGAGUUGAUGCCUUCAGGAGCUGCAUCUCCAACAGGCUUCACCUGGGGUGCUCUGACCCUUAGGCCAGCCCUGGGGAGGAGCUGACCCCCUCUUUCCCAUUUCUCAGCGAGUCUUCUGUGUUUCUCCCUCAAGACCCCCUUCCCAUCUGGAAGAGUCCUGUGCCAUCCUGGGGUAUCACUAAUUUUGUAUAUGCAUGGCUGUGUAGCUUAGGAAUUCUGGGAAAGUCACUGCUUAUAAGGAGUGGCAGGGAAGAGUUAAUAUAUCAUUUCCCUGCCAAGGGUGGGUGAUCCAUGUCAAGAAGACAUGAUCGCACAGAGCAUGCCCUCUCUCACAUUAUAGCCAAUAGUUGCUGGGUGACUGACACACUGAUGCAAUGCCCACAGUCUGGCAAUUUGGGCGGAGAUUGCCGGGAUGAGCCUCCGCAGACUAGGAAGAGGGAUGGGUUAUUCUGGCCAGAAGCCGGAGGUAAUUUUCACAUUUAUAUUCCGCUCUUCCUCCAGGGAGCCCAGAGCGGUGUACAUAGUUAAGUUUCUCCUCACAACAACCCUGUGAAGUAGGUUAGGCUGAGAGAGAAGUGACUGGCCCAGAGUCACCCAGCAAGUAUCAUGGCUGAAUGGGGAUUUGAACUCGGGUCUCCCCAGUCCUAGUCCAGCAUUCUAACCACUACACCACACUGGUGUAGUGAAACGAGUGGGUAGAUCGUCUGUGGCACAAUUCUGGGGUUCAGAAAUUAACCACAGCUUUGUUUAACUGAGUUCUGCCACCACAUUUGAAUGGGCCGACAGAAGAUUUCCAGUGGUUAGGAAUCAGGAAUUCAAUGCCGGGAGUAGCUCUUUGCCAUACUCAUAAUUGUACAUGUUUGUGUUCCAUUUGAAUAAUGUAUGCAGGGUUGCAGAAUGUAAAUUUUCUUGGCAUGAAAUUCUGAAGAUGCUUUCUGCCCCCGAACCCCAGUUCAGAGUCUAUGCAAGCCUGCCUAUAGUUAACUGGUAUUUUGCAAGUCCCAUCUCUCUUCCUUUUUGCCAUCCCAAUCCAUGUCUAAACAUUUUCUCAUUCUUUAAAACAAUGACAACACUUGGAAAAAUAAAGUUUAUGAUGAUUUUGCUAACAUAUGUAUUUUAUUCUCAUUGCAAUGUUUGAAUGUGAUAGUUGCAGAAUGUGACUUCAGAGUAUUCGAGACCUCACUGUUUAUGGCCAGUGAAGUAGUAUGGCCGGGUUACGGGACUGACCCAUGCAAGGAAAUGGGCAGGUGCAGCUCCUAAUGGCCUGAAUUGGACACUGGAGAGGCCAGGAUCAGUGCCAAACUCUUUUCAAUGCCUAUUAUAAGCUGAUCCUUUUAUAGCGCUUCAGGUGUCACGAAGAUGUACCAACAUGGAGUCAUAAAGAAAAGAAAUGGGGACUGUUCUUUAAAAACACUGGCUGUCACCCUGAUUAACAACAUGCACUCACUUUGAGGAACAGUGGGGACACACCCGGAGCCCUCACAAAACUCCCCCAGUCCCUCUCAGUGCUCACUGCUGUGCCAGAGCCCUUGGUAUUUGGAGUGCUGCCCAUGCUCCAGAAGCACUCUGUAAGACAGAAGGUCAGUGAUGUAGCCAGUCUUGCAGAAUGCUUCCAGACUGGAGCCCAAUUUGGACAUUAUGCUGUACAAGUGUGCAGAUGUCUGUACACUCGUGCAUGUGUUUGCGUGAAUGACUGUACCUUUGUUCAUUUUAAAAGUGAACCUGGAUACAGGCCCUUCAAAGGCAUGGUGUAGACAGGAAGCGUACUUCUGUACCUGUGUUCAACAUAACAAGUGAAUGACUGUACCUGUGUACAUUAUACUUGUACAGAUGUUGAGCAUAACCUGUGAAUGGGCCUUGUGAGUAGUGCUCAGAAGUCCUAGUCCUGUGGUGCAACAGUGUGCAUGCAGGAAGACUGGGGGAGUUAUGUGCGGGCUCCAGGAGUAUCCCCACAGAGCCUUACAUACAUGCUUCAUUAGUUAGGAUGUCAUCCACUGAUCCUAAGGGCCAAACUUCAAGUUAAUGCUUAACACAUAGUUUGGCCCUGCAUUUUUGUUCUGAAGAAAAUAGCAGCUGUGUGAGAGGUUCAAAGAUGCCAAUUGGAUUGUUUUCAUAUGUUAAGUUUCUAGAAGAGGGGUGUCUCCUAAAUCUCAUAUAACAUUUUCAGUAGCAUUUCUUCAUUAAGAAGCACACUAUUAAGUAGUGUUGCUUUGUUGUAGUUGUUGUUGUUUAGACCUGCGUGAAGUAAUUUGUUUUAAAAACCUGUUUAAAGAUUCACAUUUCCCUAGCACAGCAAAAACGCUCUCCCAUUGGUUGAGGUGAUUAUGACAUCAGCACUGCUCAAUCCCCCUGCUGUCUCUUGCAGUGUUUGGGAGAACUGACUGAGUUGUGUGUGACUUGUUUUGCACCAAUUCCUGAGAAUGACUGAAAAAUGAUUUGUUAAAGGAAAUUCAGGAAGUCUACCAUUUGUUAAUUCCUGCAUGAUUACAUGCUUCUUCACUGGCAAUAAAGAUUACAAAGGAUUACAUCUUUAUUACAAAUAAAGAUGAGAGGAGUGAAGAUGAUAAGGUUAGUAUUAGAGCUGGUUUUAUAAAUAAAAAAUCCCACCUCCCAAAAAUAUUGCCUUCUUAUAUGGCAUGCCAGUAUAGGGAAACAGUUUUAUUUGAUUUUUUUCUCCCUCCCCCUUUUUUUCAAGGGAGUGACUGUGCGAAGAAUGGGAGGAUAAACAGUUCCCUGCUCUUUUUGUCUUUCACCCUAGAAACAGCUGAAAGACUCUCUGUCAGGGCUGGUCUGGUGAAAUCUGCCCUCCCCCAUGGAAGGAGAAAUCUCUUGAAAAUGAAGUUGCACCUGUUGAAUGUUUACCUGUCAUAUAACUAUUAAAAGUCCUGGGCCCUCUGGCCAUUACAAGAAACUCAGCAGCCCAAUUUACUUAUGAGGAACAAGGUUGGAGGGUUGUAAAAGCCAAAUAGGAGCAUUGAGGCCUAGCAGUUCUGAGAUAAAAUGAAGCAGAAUGAAGGAAGUGGCCACUUUCAGAUAGAAGCAGCAGCACUACCACUGCUAAGCAGUUGAGGCCAAUGCUAACAGGGAAACAGGCUCAGUCUACCUCAAAGACACAAGUUAAACCAUUCAAGUGUAAUAAUGGUUGCCCUUUAUUUUUUCCUUCCCUGGGGGGGUAGGGAAGAUUUCACCUGACAGAAAUGCUUUUCAGCUGUUUCUAGGGUAAAAGACAAAAAGAGCAGGAAACAGACAGUGUUCAUCCCCCACUUCUCUUCACAGUUGCUCCCAUUUUUUUUAAAAGGGCAGAAGAAUCAAAUAAAAAUAUGCAUUAAAAUACAAUAUUGGGGGAUAAUAAACAUUUUAUCAAUUGUUUGUCUUAACUUUGAAGCAGUCCUGACCAGUGUUCUCUCUAUUCCCCCCCCCCAUCUGUGUGUGGAAUGAGUUUAGUUCUGGGUGGCAGUAUCAAGACAGUGUGCAUGCACCUGCAUUCAGAGUGAGCGGUUCUCACCUGAACUGAUUCAACCUGAGCAGGAUCUAAAAUUAACUGAGCAGACAUCAAAAACUCAUGUGAGUGCAAACACACAUGCACUUCUUAGAGGAAACACUGGUCCUGACAUACAAACAACAUGGAUUUCUCACUGAAUAACUUUUCUCUUCUUCCCGCAUCUACCCACGCUUUCUGUCUCUUUCUGUAGAUACAUGCAUAAAUAUUUUGUCUGGUGUGCUCUUUGUUGUGCUCUUGCACAGUGGUACUAUAUUACUAUAUACCACUUGUGCCUUUUGGAUUUAUCAAGAUCACACUUGUUUGGGGUUGGAUUAUUACAGAAAACUUGAUGCUUAUUGACCAGGCCUCAAAGAGGUGUGAUGUCACAGCACAGCUGCUGCCUGUUUUGAGAGGAGUUGUCAAAUAGGAAUUUCAAGCCUUGAUUUCAACUGUGUAUGAGCAAAAUUCAGCAAAACAGCAACAGGUGACUUGUAAUCACUUUGUGGUGAGAACUGAACUAUCUAUCUAUCUAUCUAUCUAUCUAGGAGACAUCCCCAUUGAUUGGGUGAAUGGAGGCUUUUGCUCUGCAACAUGCCAGAUGAGUGUUUUAAUAUAUAGGUGUUCUCAUUACCCACAAUUUCAACAACCAUUGUUUCCCAUAUCUGCAGAUAGGUCUUGGAGACCCAGUUUCUUUAUCCGUGGUAUAAAAAUAGGCUAAAAUUCACCUAUUUGUGGUUUUGAGUGGCUGGAAAUAACCCAGAAAUGACUUCCAAUGUCAUUUCUAGCUGCCAUUUUACAAUGAAGGGCCAUUUUGUGGCUCUUUUAAAAAAAGAUUCUGACUUUUUUUGCAGAAAAUCAGAGGAAUUGGGGUUUGGGGGGAGCAUUGCUGGAGAGAUGAGGAGCAAGAGACAGUACUUUCUCUUAUUUCUGCUUCCUUCCCAUUUUUAAAGUCCUUUUUUGUGUAGGAACCUUACCCCUGGAUUCCCAUAGGGGUAUGGUUUCAUUAUUCACAGUUUCUGUAUUCACACCUAUAGGCGGGAAUGGAACCCUGCGAAUAAUGAGAGCCACCUGUGUUUGACUUUAUAGAAUUACCGAGUUGGAAGAGACCAAAACUCAACUAAUCCAAGUCUCCUCCCUAAGAAAGGGGAGUUCUACCACUCCAUAUAUCAGUUACAGGAAGACCUCAUUAUUCACGGGCUCACUGAGUAAAUUCCAAAUCAAUCUUCAAAUAAAGAGUGGAAUCAAUUCUUAACACACAGCACUUACAAUGGAUGCACCAGCAUUUUUUUUUAAAAAAAAAACAGUUUUUAACUCAUAGCACUUUGGACCAAUUGGCUGUAACAGUACAAUACAAUGGAUGCAGAAGCAUAAAAAAAAAUAGCACAGUGAGGGAACUGCAGAUAAAUUUUCAAGGGAUGAUUGCAAUCAAUUUUUAAUGCUCAGUGCUUUGGGCCAACUUACAGUAGCAGUUCAUUACAGUACAGCACAAUGGAUUGAGAAGCAGUGUUUUUAAUUGCCUUUUAUUUGUUCAGGUAAAUCACAGUUGUACACCUUAACUGGGAUCUUUUUAGGUUCAAGAUGCUGCAGGAGGGUCCUCUGAGAAGGUCACUGGGAAACACAGAAAGAAAGGCUCCAAAAGGCCUACAAAAAGCUUUGGAAGUCUCCACAGGAAAAUAGAGCUAAAUUAACAGCUGCAGCAGAGCACAGUGGCUCCAAAAGGAUCCCUGGAGCUCCUUUAAGACCCCAAGGCUCCACACAAAUGAAAAAAGCUCAGAAAUAUUAUGUGUGUGUUAAAGGGGGAAACACACAAAAACACUCAGCAAAAUUCUUCCACAUCCUCCUCCUAGCUCCUUUAACUACCCAUGGAGCACGUGUGGAUGACCAAAUAAGGAUAUUUCCAAUCACCAGGAAACCACGGAUACAUGAAUCACUGAACUGCUGGAACUGGUGCCUAUUUUCAAACUGUGGAUAUGUGAAACCGUGGAUACUGGUACUGUGAAUAAAGAGGUCCUACUGUAUUCUUCCACAGUGUGCUGCCCCAAUCUGAGGAAGAGCAACAUCCAAAAGAGGUUCAAACUAAAAUAUGUCAUGGGUUAUCUUGGUCUUUCUAAGGCUAUAUUUUGAUAUGCUGGAUCUCUUCUACUGCAUCUGCUAUCUUCACAAUCAAAAUGCUAGUGUUUGGAGUCAAUUCAUUUCAAAAAUGCUCCAAAAAUAAGCUAUUAUACUAUUUUUUUUUUAAAACAAGACUACUACUACUGCUGCUGCUAAUUGAAUAUGAUUUUCCAUGAGUGUCCAACCUUGUGUUUCCAUCCAAAAUAAGCGUACAGCUAUGUAUUUCAGGUAUUUUAGGAACUUUGGUGAUUUAAGUGACAAGGUUAUGGUCAUGCCAUAGAACUGUACUAACUAUAAAUUGUUAGCAUGUGACAACUAACUAACUUGAAAUUUGGCAGUGUGCCAUCCCAGUUCUGACUAUCUUUUGGUGUCAUGGUUCCCCUAUGCAUGCUACCAGAAAUUAUUAACUCAUCACAUGUCUGCCAGAAUGUGGUGAGGAGACGACACAGAACUGGGGGCAGGGGGGAUGGGACAUGACACUGUUGCGGUAGGCAAACGUGAUUCACCCUAACAUGCAAAUUAACCUUGAACCUUCCAUUCAUAGUAAGUGUAACAAUGACUAGAGUUUUGCUGUAUUUAAAUGCAGGUAAAUGCAGUUGGUAAAAAGGUAAUGAUGAUGUCAAUCAUGUCCAACUAAUGGGGAAAAAUAAGGUGUCAUACCUUUUACGAACAAUCUAUAAAACCUACAGGGUAAAGCCCUCCUGUCUGUCAGAACUGGCCUUUCUUAUGUUAAGCAAGUUAAACAUAAUGUGCAAUUGGGCUAUCUGUUCACAUCUGAGUACUAGUCAAUAUUUUCUCAUCAUAUCGACUUGACGUGCCUGUUGUCUUUGCACUGAAUCCCAGCUGCUCCUAAUCAACCUCAAGCCUCUGUUAUUUUGAAGCAAUUUACCUUUCCAUCCUGGCUAGAUCUCCACUCUCAUUUCUCCUUUUCAAGGCCAUUUCACCACUAUGAUUUAAGUGUGUGCAUACAAUGUAUCCAUAGUAUGUCACAUUUGGAACAGAUGCUCAUGUGCGCGCACACAUUUUGCAUGCAGACAGGCAGCCAUGGCUAAUCACUGGUCUUUGCCAGAGUGAUGGUAUAUUGUUCAAUUCCAUCCAUAAUAUAUGAAGCAGAGCUUAAAUUUUCUCUGGUCCAUGCAUGAUCCCUAUUGUUUUCUCCUAUCCUUAUCUUACUGCCUUCCGGCAUAUCACUCUCUAGGUCUGCCACAGCCUCCCCACCCCAACAUUUGCCUUAAAAUCCCUUCUAGACUCAAUUUCUUCCACAAAGCCUCUUCUGAAAAAAACGUCCCCUUCCCUGCAGUUUCUACUACUGGUUAAAUCUUGCCAAGCUUUACUUCCCGUGUACUGUCUUUACGUAUUCUCCACCAUGUCAUCUCCAUGUAAUUUAGACAAUAGUCCACUGAACAGAGAACUCAUUAUUUCAGAAUUCUGUACCAUGCCUCACAGAUGGAAAACAAAAUCACUGUUUAGUAGUAGCAACAGUAGAAGACCCUGCUUGGAUGUAUUUCGACAGAUCACUCUUUCCAUGCAUCUCAGAGGUUAUGGUAGCAGGAUCAGAAGCCUUAAUGCAAGGAACACUAUUGAGAGAAGCCAGUUUGGAGUAUAUGCAAAGUGAAGAGAUUUCCUCAUUUUACUGGUCCCAUGUGAAGGCAACAAUCUAAAUUAUAGGGAUGUGAGGUCUACAGAAGGUUCAGUGCGGCUGGGAGGAGAGCAGCAAGCAUGAUCUUUAAAUAAUUGGAGAGCAGGUUCUUACCUGCUCUCUGCCAUCAUAUGCAGCUUCCUGCUGUACUGGUGCUCAUCCCAAAUACCCAUGCACAUGGCAUCUGCACAUGUGUGGGCGCCAUUUGCUUGGUCAGCAUGGUGUUGCUAACCAUAUAAAUGGUGCCUGUGUAUACGCGGGUGCCAUGUGCAUGCUGAUCCCAUGCACGGGUAAUUGGGAUGAGUGCCACCGCCACAGGAAGCUGCAUCUGACAGCGAAGAGCAGGUAAGGACCUGCUCUCCUCUUCUUUAAAGAUCCCACUCACCACACCCCUCUCCACAGUGCCAAAACAGUUUGGACAUCCCUACUCAAUUCUUUUUUCUUUCUUUUCAAAUUCAAUUUUUAUUAAUUUUAGCAAUAGUAACCAUAAUAAACACAAAUGGACUUCCCGCGCACCUCCUUUCGUGAAACAACUAUAAAGUUUACCCUUAUUAUAAUGUUAAUAAAAAACACAAAUUUAAACUUUUAGCAUAAAAAAAAGAACCAUUAAUCUACCCAACCUGCAUUUCAAAUUUCAAAUCCUGCUGUAAGAUCAAUAGUACUACUCAACUACUAGUAGUACUCAAUUCAAGUACCAUACAGUUGAGUAACUCACCUCAAAUCAGUAAGGCAGUUCAUUUGGUCAUAAGCAGUACAGGAGCUGUGCACACUCAUGUUUUAUGAUUGUGUGCGAGGGAAAAAGAAAGGUUGGAGGGGGAAGAAAUGAUCAUCUGGGAAAGAGGAACAGAGUCCAACAGUGUUUCUUCCUAACUCGGAAAAGUGGUGAGUAUGAGAGCUGGGUUGGACAGUGUCAUCCGACUCAGCUCCUCUCUCCCAGAUGAUCAUUUUCUCCCCUUCCAACCUUGCACAGCUCCCAAACUACCCUAAUUAUGAUAAUGAGAACUGCCUGAGUGAAAGUUCUCCCAAGAUCUGAAUUCAAUCUAGAGCUGAAAAUACUACAUCAUAUUUUAGUACAGCUCCAAAGAGAUGUAAUUUGGAAUGUUAACCAAUCCCCACCGGGGGGGGGGGGGCAGGGUGAUUUCAAUGCCAAGUUUAUGUAUUUGUUUCGGCUGUUUCUAUUAACCAACAUUUGCAUUUUUCAAUUGAAAUGAAAAUACCAAAACUCAAGUAUCUAAUUUGUCAACUGUGAUCUGUCAUAGAUUGAAAUAACUCUGACCAAUCCAAAGAUGUAAAAUUUGUAAUAAAGAUUUUGUAAAGUGA